AUGAAGCUCAAGGCCAAGUACUCGCCGCUGCUCCUGCUCCUCCCUUCGCUCACCGCCGGUCUCGUCUCCCGCGCCGUCGCGGGCAAGGGCGACGACACCGUUUCCGUCCAGUCGUCGCUCGAACCCACCGAUGGGCCUCCCGUGCCCGUCAAGGGCCGGCUCGGCCUGCCGACCAAGGAUGCGCCCGUCGACGGCAAGGACGGCAAGCCUCAUCUGGGCCCCUUUGUCGGCAACGACGGCGCGGCCAAGGACGCCGACAGCAAGGAGCGCCCCCCCCUCAAGGAUAGGCCCGAGGACCCGACGCUGGUAGACGGCAAGAAGAUACCAGAGUCCAACGACGGCGUCAUGUUCGACAAGAACCGCGAGAAGCCCCAAGGCUUCACCGGAACCGAGGGCGGCGUCUCGGAAAAGGCCAAGGCUCGCAUCGCCCAGGAGGGCAGGACGGGCGAGAAGGCGGUGACGCACCCGCCGUCGCCCAAGGAGCAGCCCCCGCUGCCGCACAGCGAGGAGCAGAAGCUGCAGACCGACGACAAGAGCAAGGUCAAGAGCAAGGACAAGGCCGACGACGACACCGACUACACCGGGCUCGACGUGCGUCCGACCCUCGUCCCAUCCGUCUCCUCCGCCUCCAGCCUCGAGCACCUUUCCGCUAACCCGAGCGAGCAGAGACCCGACGACCUCCCCGACACGCCCGGCGACAAGACGAGGACACCCCCGAAGGCGGUGCCGCCGCCCAAGGAGAAGAGCGGCAAGACCAAGGGGGCCUCGGCCGAGUCGAUCAGGAAGGCGGCCGGCACCUCCGACGAUGGCAUCAUCCAGCCCUUCCACUCCUUCCUCCUCUCGGGCACCAUGAUUCUCGUGUCGGAAAUCGGCGACAAGACAUUCCUCGUGGCCGCCCUCAUGGCCAUGAAGCACGAUCGCAUGGUCGUCUUCUCCGCCGCCUUUGGCGCGCUGCUCGUCAUGACGGUCCUGUCCGCCGUCCUCGGCCACGCCGUGCCGACGCUCAUCCCCAAGCGCCUGACGAGCUUCCUCGCCGCCGGCCUCUUCCUCGUCUUCGGCGCCAAGCUCCUCCGCGAGGGCAUGCAGAUGGAUCCCCACGAGGGCGUCGCCGCCGAGAUGCGCGAGGUCGAGCAGGAGCUCGCCGAGAAGGAAAAGGAGCUCGGUCGCACCCGGAGAGGGUCCAUCUCGCCGCACGCGCUCGAGAUGGGCCUCAACGGCCGCGGCACGAGGACAAAGGGUCGUCUCUCCUCCCCCGCCCGCUCGCCUUCGCUGUCCCCUUCGCGGAACCCCUCGCACGGCUCCGGCCCGCUCGCCAACGCAUUCCACGGCAUCGGCAACCUCUGCUCCUUUCUGCUGAGCCCCGCCUGGGUGCAAACCUUUGCCAUGACCUUCCUGGGCGAGUGGGGCGACCGGAGCCAGAUCGCCACCAUCGCCAUGGCCGCCGGCCAGGACUACUGGUGGGUGACGCUGGGCGCGUCGUGCGGCCACGCCAUCUGCACCGGCGUCGCCGUCAUCGGCGGUCGGGCCAUCGCUGGCCGCGUGAGUCUCAAAGUUGUCACCGUCGGCGGCGCCGUCGCAUUCCUUUUAUUCGCCGUCAUCUAUUUUAUCGAAGCUCUGUACGCUUAG